AUGGACCCCUGCAUGGGUGGAAAUGGAUGUGCUCACAUCUGUCAGAGUCAGCAUGGCGUGGCCAGGAGUGCCUGUCACCCAGGUUACCAGCUGUCUGAAUACAAAAAGGCCUGUGCAGAUGUAAACGAGUGUGCUGAAGGGCUUGCUUCCUGCCGCCAUCGCUGUGUGAACACAGUGGAAUCUUUCACUUGUGCCUGCCACCCUGGUUUUGAGUUGGGAGCUGAUGGAAAACAGUGUUCAAGGAUUGAAUUGGAAAUUGUCAAUAGCUGUGAAAAGAAUAAUGGUGGUUGUUCCUGUCACUGUGAACAUGCAGUUGGUGAGCCCUGUUGCUCCUGUAACCAUGGACACCGGCUUGAUUCUGAUGAGAAAACAUGCAUAGACCUUGAUGAAUGUGAGAGUGGAGAAGCCUGCUGGGCCCAGCUCUGCAUCAACUACUUAGGAGGCUCUGAAUGCAGUUGUCAGGGAGGCUUUCGGAUCAGUUCUGUUGCUUGUGGAUGUGAUGAUGAUGAUGAGCUAAAGGAAGAAGAAGAGGAAUUAGAUAUUGUGAAGUUUCCACGUCUUCUAUUCAAGAGCCCACCUCAACUGCUUCAUUAUGUGGCCACCUCUCUGCCUCUCACCCACGAAGGUGAAGAAGAUGAGCUGGAAAAGGGGAAAGAUAUUCGAGGAGAACUGACUGCUUUGCACAGAAUUCAUACCUUCGGACACGAUUGCACGUUGAGCUGUGAGGACUGCGUGAAUGGAGGCUGGUGCCAGGAAGGAAAGAGUGGAUGCUCCUUCCCAGCUGGCUGCGGAGACAUUCUUUGUAAUGAAACUCGUUCCCCAGAGACCAGUGGGAAAGAGUAUGACGGCAUCUGUGAUUGUCAGAACGGAGCCACGUGUGAUCCUCUGAGCUGGCAGUGCGAGUGCCCCUCAUGGGUUCAUGGGAAAACCUGUGAAGACGGAUGCCCAAAAGGAUUCUUUGGGAAGAGUUGCAAAAGGAAAUGUAACUGUGCCAGCAAUGGCCAUUGCCACAGGGUGUAUGGUGCCUGUAUGUGUGAGCCAGGGCGCUAUGGGAAGUUUUGUCACCUGAACUGUCCCAAGGGAGCCUGUGGAGCUGGCUGUUCUUCAGGAUGUCAGUGUGUGGAGGAGAACACCCUGGAAUGCAGUGCCAAAAAUGGCAGUUGCACCUGCAAAUCUGGUUACCAAGGCAACAGAUGACAGAAAGCCUGCCCUAACGGCCUCUGGGGACCAGAUCGUCUGUUCUCCUGUGGACCCUGUGAGAAUGAAGGAACAAACGGGAAGGACUGUAAACAGGUGUGUCAGUGUUCAGCUGAGAAUGAGGAGUGUCACUCCAUCACAGGGAGAUGUACCUGUCUGCCGGGCUACCAUGGAAACCGCUAUCAUCUCCGUUGCCCAAAAGGCACUUAUGGUCCUUAUUGCCAAAGGAAGUGUAAGUGACUGAACGGUGGCAGCUGCGACACCAUGAUUGGCACCUGUGACUGCCCUCCUGGCUUCAUCGGGGCUGACUGCAGUCAAACUUGUCCUGAAGAUCACUACAGGCAGGACUGUGUCCAGCGGCGUUCCUGUGGCUCAGGACAGUGUGACCCAGUGACUGGAGGGUGCCAGUGUCCCCCCGGCCAAAUGGGAGCCAGGUGUCAGCAAGAACCACCUCAUCAACCAGGAGGCCCAUUCAUCUUCCAACCUGAAUGCUGAAAUGUACUGAUGAAACUGGUGAAUCUGUGAAAAUACAGGACUCCAAGAUAAGACUUUGGAUAAAAAAACAUAAUUGGAAGAGUGAAGAGUACUUAGAAAUCUUUCUUUCCACAGGUCUAAGUCCCAGAACAAUAUUCACACAGAAUUGUGUAAAUAACUUUAUUGUUUUCUAAAAGUUAUUGUAAUUACACGAUAAAUAUUUCAAACGGUAUAAUACAGAAAAAGGUAUAUAUAUUACAGAAAAAAGUAUUCCAUCCCUGUGCUCUAGUCUUCCAGGCUCCCUGCUAAAAAACGUCAUUGUUACCAGCUUUUUUCUGUAUCAUAUGUCUCACUUCUUUCAGAGACUUACCCUGACCACUUGUUUUAAAAUUUCAGCCCACCUAGUACUCUCAAGCCCUACCACAUCAUGCUCUUUUUUUCUCUUACCAUAGCUUUUACUCCUUGUUAGCAAUUCACUUAUUAAUUAUAAAAGUUAACAUUGAUGUCAUGCCUACUGCUUUAUUUUUGUUCACAUGUGCUUGGUGUGUCUGUACCCAUUUAUUUACCUUCAUUUUAUUCUAGAGUCUUGUUUUCCAAGCUAAGGUGGGUGUGUACUCCAGUUUUUCUAAGUGAAAACUGUAUAAACAUAAUUUUAUAUAAUCUAGAGGAUCUUCUUUAGACAGUGCAUAUAAUAAAAAAUAUAAUGAAUUUCUUCAUUUGGUAUAUUUCUUCAUAUGGGUAUAUGAAUAUACCCAUAUAUUUGGUAUAUAUACAGCUUCCCAUCUGAAAGUGAGUAUGGUGACACUUUGAAAUGACAGCCCUUCUAAAUCCAACAUUAAAGACCAUUUUUCACAGAAUUUUUAAAAACAUGGAUAUCCUCCCUAAUUCAUCGGAAACAGCUCCUAUCAAUUUUGUGAUAUUUGGGACUCCUAAAUCAGAGGAAUAGCAGUGUGUUUAGAAUAGAUGUGUUCAUGUUGUUUUUGUUUCUAAUUCAGAGUUGGAUAAUUCUAGCAUUUUGGGUUGUGGGAUAUUUUAACUUUUGAUUCUAUCAUUUGAACUCUUUAUUAUGGAACAUUUCAAACACAUACAAGAGUUACUGAGUCAUGGGGUAAGUACGAAUGUAGUUUUGCAACAUACUGACAGAUUUUCUUUCAUGUGGGAUUGUACCAUAUUGCAUCCUCAUAAACAACAUAUAGAAUGCCUGUUUCCUCACAAGGGAAUCAAAAGAGUAUAUUAUCAAAAUUUUGGUGAGAAAUGUUGUAUUAGUGGAGUUUUAAUUUUCAUUUUUAUUAUUAUGAAUAAAGUUUAGCAUCCUCUUUAAUGGGUAAGGACCUUUUUCUAUAAAUUGUCUAUUUGUACUGUAAAUAGUUGUAUUUUUUGUGUGCCCAUAGGAGGAGGUGAGCUCGGGGUCUUUUUUAUUCCACCAUCUUGACCACUACCAUCCCUGCAUGGCUUUUUUUUUUCCCAACAGGAUAAUUGGGUUUCUAACAUGACAGCUGACUUUUUUUUUUUGGCUGUGUUGGGCUUUCAUUGCUCUGUGCAGGCUUUCUCUAGUUGCAGCGAGCGGGGGCUACUCUUCCUUGCACUGCACAGGAUUCUCAUUGCAGUGGCUUCUCUUGUUGCAGAGCACAGGCUCUAGGCGUGCAGGCUUCAGUAGUUGUGGCACGCGGGCUCAGUAGUUGUGGCUUGCGAGCUCUAGAGAGCAGGCUCAGUAGUUGUGGCACAUGGGCUUAGUUGCUCCAUGGCAUGUGGGAUCUUCCCGGACCAGGGCUCGAACCCGUGUCCCCUGCAUUGGCAGGAAGAUUCUUAACCACUGUGCCACCAGGGAAGCCCGACAGCUGACUUCUUAAACCAAAAGUUUUCAGGUCUUCCUAUGGCUUGGAAAUGAUAUAACAUUUCCACCGCAUACUCUUGGAUACAGCCAGUUAUGGGUUUAGCCCAGAUUCCACAAGGGAAUUGAUGACGCAAGGGUGUGAAUCCUAGGAGAUGUGCUUCAUUAAGAGCAUCUUUGGAUUAUAGAUUCUGCAUGAUUCGAAAGACUUUUUUUUUGUUGUUUUUAUAAAAUAUGUCUUUCCUCUGUUUUUUAAAAUUUUGAGUCAUAAUUAGGCAUGGAGUCCCCAUUCUCAGGUUUUAGAGGAAUUCAACCAGGUUUUCUUUUAAUACUUCUAUGAUACCAUUUUUGACAUUCAAUUCUCUGAUCAAUUUAAAAUAUUUUUCCUGGUGUAUGGUGUGAGGAAUAGAUCCAUUUCCCCCCUUAUGUGGCUUUUCAGUUGUCAUAAUGCAGGUUUUACAAGUCUAUCUUCCCCACUGAUUAAAGAUGCAGGCUUCAUCAAAUACUAAACAUUUAUAUGCAGUUAGGUAUAGUUCUGGAUGCUCUGUUCUAUUGAUCUGUCUAUUUAUGUGAAAAUGCAAUAAUAUUUUUAUUAUGAAGUCUUUAUUAUAUGUAUCUGUCCUGGCAGGGCUAGCUGCCCUUCAUUGCUCUUCUUUUUCAGGGAUUUCCUGGUGCUGUUCUUGUUUGUCCUUCCAAAUGAAAUUUAUAGUCAAAUCGUCUAGAUGCAAAAAAAAAAAAAAAAAAAAA